UCAGAUCAAGUUAUUUUUACUCACAAAUAAGUCAUAUCUCGGUGAAAUAGGACGUAUAUACUCAAUAGUUAUUUCGGUUUUUUAAAUCAAAAGUUGUGUUGUGUUAACAAUGGCCAAAGAGAAAAAAAAAUAUAGACAUUCCAGUAGUUAUUAUAGGAAGAUUAAGAAGGCUAAGGCUAAUUAUAAGGACGUUCAGAGUGAAACAUCAGAAGAAAUAAAUUGUGAAUUGGCUUCUACAUCCGGUUUUCAAGGAGUAUCUACUUUGUAUGUUUCUUUUGAUCCUGAUACCACACACACAAGCAAGGAUUUUUUGCCAUCUGAUAAUAUAGAUGAGAAGAGCGACGAUGAAGAAAUCUGUUCAAACAAGGAAUCAGAAAAUGAAGAUUCUGGAGAUGAGUAUGUGACAAAUAAAGAUUAUUUAAAUAUGAAACUUGUGGAAGACCUAAGAGAAUGGACAGUACAGCACAAACCCACCAAGUCAUCUUUAAACGACUUGUUAGCUGUACUGAGUAAAUAUGGUUUUAAAUUGCCUAAAGACGGGCGAGCUCUACUGAAGACUGACGAUGUCUUUAUAGAGCCAAUGGGCCAAGGAAACAUUGGCCCAUUGGCUCAACAAGGAAGGAUUUUUGGUACCAAGGCGUAAGCAAUUGCUUAAAGAAAUCUUUAUCGGAUAUGGAUUUAAAUGCAAUAUCCAGUAUUGAACUAAUGUUCAACGUAGACGGCAUGUCGCUAUUUAACAGUACCUCUUCAGAAGUAUGGCCUAUUGCUAUGGCAAUUUAUGACAUGCCAAACAUAAAGCCUAUGUUUGCGG